CAAUAUAGACUACGCUUUAAGGGGUGUUUUUUCCGAUAAAGUGUACUCUCUACAAAAGGGAUCGUUUACCUCACGGCAACAUCACUUUUAAACUGGCUACCGUACGGUUAACAUUUGUUUAAGUCUCUGCAUUUACUUAUUGGUACGUAAUUAUCGCGCAAUGGCCGUUGAUGGACAGAAAUUAAUGACAAGAACACAACACUAUCGUAAAGUAACGAAACCGCUACUGGAAAGAAAGCGGCGUGCUCGCAUGAAUUUUUAUUUGGAUGAAUUAAAAGAAUUAAUCAUCGAUACUCUGGAGGCGGAAGGUGAACAUAUCAAUAAAUUAGAAAAAGCCGAUAUAUUGGAAAUGACUGUGAAUUAUUUGAAAGCCCAAAGAAAUAAUAAAACGGAUUUUAAGCACACAAUCACAGACGGAACUUGCUUAGUGGUCGACAGAGAAAAGUUUCGUGAGGGUUAUACUCAAGCUGCGUAUGAAGUUUCAAAAGUUUUCAAUACAGUACCGGAUUUAGAUGUUAAAUUCGGGACGCGCCUCAUGAAACAUUUGGGCUAUCAACUAAAGGAUCUAAAAAAUUGCCAUAAUAGUAAACAAAUCGAUAAUAAUAAGCCACAAGCUUUGGAAAAAGAAGCAAAUCCAUUCAAGGAAUCAUACGUCUGGCGUCCAUGGUAG